GACACCACUGCAUGCGUAUCAAGAUCCUUGGGGACUGUUACUACUUGUCAGGAGUCCCAGAGCCAGAGACGGCUCACGCUCGCUGUUGUGUGGAGAUGGGCCUCUCCAUGAUCAGCACCAUAAAGUACGUACGAAGGGAGCUGAAGCACGAGGUGGACAUGCGUAUCGGUGUUCACUCUGGCUCAGUGCUGUGUGGGGUGCUGGGGCUGCAGAAGUGGCAGUUUGACGUGUGGUCCUGGGAUGUGGACGUCGCUAACAUGCUGGAGGUGGGAGGGGUGCCGGGCCGUAUCCACAUCUCCCGGGCAACGCUGGACUGUCUGGGCGGGGUCUACGAGACGGAAGAGGGGCGUGGCCACGAGAGGAACGAGUUUCUACGGAAACACAAAAUCGACACGUUCCUGAUUCGCCACACGCCCAUGGAGAAGGCUCCUGCCAAGAAGGCUCGCCGGCCCAGUCGAGAUGACGCCAUUCAUGCUGGCUGGAGUACUGAGCUGCCGUUUGGAAACAUCAUCGGAAUGAACUGUAUCCUGGCGACCUUCAGCAACGGUUCUCUGGCCCAGUUACCUAACCAGCUGGCGGCUCAGCGGACGGGGACGCGUGAAGUCAACAAGAGGAUCCGCCGGGCCAUCGAGGUCCGGAGCAGCGAACGCAUGAGAAAGGAACACAUCACCACCUUCACACAGGAGUUCAAGGACACACACAUCGAGGACAAGUUUUCCCAGAUGCGUGAUGAGAUGUUCAAGUCAAACCUGGUCUGCUCCUUCAUCAUGCUCCUCUGCCUCAUGGGUGCACAGACCCUCGUCCCCGCCACAAGACUGUGUCCUAUGCUGGUUCAGUUUGGAGUGUGUGUGUGUGUGUAUGUGUUGCUGCUGGUGGUGGUCCUAGCUGAAGAGUUUAAACAGAGCCCUUUAGCGUUGCAGUUCCUGUGCUGCUGGAUCAACGAGAACAAGACUGUCAGAACACUGCUCACGCUCACCGCCAUUAUCAUCAACUUUGGAGUGGCCUCAUCUGAUAUACUGUGGUGUGUAGAGUCUGAGAUGGACCCUAACAACAGAAGCAGCUCCCAGCAGCACACCUGGUCCUGGCCUGUCAACAUCUGUACACACCCUGAGUUCCUGGUUUUCAGUGGGGUGGUGGCCAUGGUGUCGUGUGCUGUGUUCUUCAGGCUGCACUGUCUGCUGAAGCUAGCUGUGUUACUUCUGGCCAUAACUGUCUACACGUACCUCAUAGAAGUCAGUUUCCACACACUGUUUAUACGCCAGACCUCUGAAAACACCAGGCAGCAGUACCUGAGGAGGAAGGAUGUGUGUGUCCUGCUCAUGGCCAUGUUUGUGGUGGCUGUAAUUUACAACAGUAGACAGUUGGAGGCGACGGCGCGGCUGGACUUCCUGUGGCGUCUGCAGGCCAGACAGGAAGUGGAGGACAUGAAGGAGCUGAGGGAACAUAAUGAGUGUUUACUCUUCAACAUUCUGCCUUCACACGUCGCACAGCACUUCCUAGAGAGAGACCGCCACAAUGAGGAUCUGUACUCCCAGUCCUAUGAGCGUGUGGGGGUGUUGUUUGCAUCCAUCCCCGGGUUUACAGACUACUAUGAACAGAAAGAGUUGAUCCAUCAGGAUGUGGAGUGUCUUCGGCUUCUCAAUGAGAUCAUAGCUGACUUCGACGAGUUAUUAGAUGAGACAUAUUUCCAGGACAUUGAGAAAAUCAAAACCAUUGGCAGCUGUUACAUGGCUGCUUCUGGCCUCUCCCCUGAUCAACAGGAGUGUGGUGAUGAGUGGCGUCACCUCAGUGAGCUGGUGCUGUUUGCCCUGGAAAUGCAGGCGACGCUCAAACGAAUCAACACACACUCUGGAAACAGCUUUCAGCUCCGUGUUGGCAUAGCCCAUGGUCCAGUGGUUGCCGGGGUGAUAGGAGCCACUAAACCUCAGUAUGACAUCUGGGGAAUGACCGUGAACCUGGCCAGCCGCAUGGACAGCACCGGGGUCAGUGGACGCAUACAAGUCCCAGAAGAUACCAGUCAUGUCCUGCGCGGAGCCGGGCUUCGUUCGCAUGAGCUGAGGGGGGGGAGAUCUAUCGUGAAAGGUGUGAGCUGA